AAUCAGUUUGUUGAGUCACGCCUUGAAUCAGCUGCUUAGUUAGCUCUCUCUCACUCCGUCUUAGGUUUUACGCGGCUUUUAAACUUACAAAAACCAAAAUUAAAGUUAAAUCGCCAUGAGUGAAGACAAAAGGGAUGAAAAAGGUGUUGGAGAGGGCGCCGAAGAAGAUAAAUCUGAAACAAUCAGUGACUCAAGCGACGAGGAAACCGACCCUGGAGAGGAGGACACGGAAGACGGGGUGACUGACGCGGUUAAAGGGUUGGUUGAGACAUUUAAAAAAGUGACAAAUACAAAUGGAAAACGGCGGGAAAAAAAGAAACCUUUGGUUAAAGAGGACCCGUUCUACAACAUGAGACACGAAAAACGCGGAAAAGCCAUCAUUUUCAACCACUUCCAUUAUGAUGCCAAGUUGUACCUAGACCCAAGGAACGGAACCGAAAGGGACGUAAUAAGAUUGAAGCAAGCAUUCAAGAAACACUCGUUUAAGGUCGAGGUUUAUGACAAUUUGACAGUAGGAGACAUACAGUACGCCGUGCAAACAAUAAUAGCCAAGGGCGAUCACUCCAAUUCCGACUGUGUGGCAGUGGUAAUUCUGACACACGGCAAAUAUGUCGAAGGAAAAGGAAGCGUGCUCUACGCUCGGGAUGGAACGUACCAGCUAGACACCCUGAUUGAAAUGAUCACGCCAGAAAAAUGCACGUCGCUGGCAGGCAAACCGAAAUUAUUUUUCGUUCAGGCUUGCAGAGGCGAGAAAAAGGACAAAGGCACGACCAUUGCUGUUGACUCAUUCCCGGUAAAGUCUUACAAAAAGAUUCCAACCUACGCGGAUUUCUUCAUCGCUCAAUCUACAAUACCAAGAUUCGUGUCUAUAAGAAACAAGGUUAAAGGUUCCUGGUUCAUGAAGGCGCUGAGCAUGAAGCUGAUGGAAGAGGAUAGCAACACGAAGAGCAUUUUUUCCAUCAUGACGGAAGUCAUUGCCCACGUGGCCUUCAAGUGUGAGAGCGAUACUGAGAAUUUGAAACAAAUUCCUACCUUUACGUCCAGACUAACUAAGGACCUGAUUUUUGUCAAGAAAUGAUUGUUA